CUCUAAACGCUACGAACGAGAGCGUUGUGCCGACUGCCGAGAAGCGGGUACGGUUGUGCGUCAAUUAUGGGGUCGGUUGUGCUUAAAAGCUUGUCCAUACUCUUAGGAAUAUUUUUCGUCUUCAUCGGCACCAUGAAGUUGACUUCCUUCAUCAGCAAGGAGCUCCAUAAAGAUCUGCGGAAGGAGUAUGUAAAAUAUGCCAAAGUGUUCCCCUUUUCGGAAAUGUUUCACUUCAAAAUUCCAGCAAAGUGGUAUCGCCGAGUAAUUGGAAGCCUGGAACUGAUUUGCGGUUUAGCAAUGGCCAUAGUUCCAAAAGACACAGUGAAGCAAGUGGCAAACAUAAUUUUAGUAUUUUUAAUGAUUAUGGCUGUAUAUUCACAUUACAUGGUCAACGACAAAUUUGAGAGGAUAGCACCUGCCUUGGUGUUUUUCUUCAUGCUUACUGGACGAAUGGUUAUAGACUUCCAAUUAAAACGAAAAGCUCAAGAUGAAAAUAUAAGCAAUGGAGACGUUAAAACGCAAAAACAAGACUGAAUUCAUUGACAUCACAACUAUUUUUAAUUUCUUUCAUACGUAACAUAAUUUUUUAAGGGUACUUGGUUUUUUUUGUUUUUUGUUUAUCGUUUUGGUGUUCUGAUAAGGAAUUACUUUCUUUAGGUGUUUGAUACCGACAGUUUUGGCUCACUUUCAUUGUUUGUACAUAUCUUUUUACAAGUAAAUUAUUCACUUGAUCUCAA